AUGAUGGCUUCAACACCUCAAAGCUUUGAUCCUAAUGAUCUUCGUGCAUUAGCUAUUUAUUAUCAAACUCAUCCAAUACCUCAUAGUUUCAAUUCUGGAGUCGUAAUUGCUUCGAUCUUGGUUUCUAUCUUAGGUGCUGCUACUACACUUCUUUUGCUUGGUCGUCGAACUGCUAAUUCUGGUUUGAGGAAUUGGAUGUUGCUUUUUCUUGCUUCUAUUACCAUGGCUAGUGUUGGGAUUUGGGGCAUGCACUUUAUCGGAAUGAAUAUGGUCUUACAACCUAGCCCAGAAGUUUCAUGGUAUAUCCAAUGCAAGUUCAUUUGA